GCAAUAUGUCCUUAAGUUUCAUUGGUCAAUUCAAAACCGGCACAUUUCCCGCGCCUAAGUAUGAUUGGUUUAGCCCUAAUGCAAUUAUCAUCGAGCAUGUUAUUGGAGACAGACAAGGGAAAAUUCCAUGAGAAAUCAAGCAAAAGAGUUCUGGAUAAUUUAUCCACAUAAUUUAUUGGCAAAAUCAUCAGCGAGUCGCACAAAGAACAAGAGGCUGUACUUCACGUUUUUCUACACAAAACAAUUCACCUAACAUCACCAAGGGAUAUCAACAAUAAAUCCUUCAGGAUGAUGUCUGAGAAAGAAGCACUCGAGGCGCAAGAAGUGGAAUAUUUAUCCAAUGACAGCAAGUUGGUUCUGCCGUCAGAAUUCCAAGAUGAUACGACCACAUCUACAACAUCCACGAUGAGCGACCCAACUGGGAAACCAAAACGAGAAACAUGGUCGAAUAAGAUUGACUUCUUGUUGGCUUGUAUUGGAUUUUCCGUUGGACUUGGGAAUGUCUGGAGGUUUCCGUACUUGUGUUACAAAAAUGGCGGAGGUGCGUUCCUUUUGCCGUACUUCAUAUGUGUAUUACUAGGGGGUAUCCCAAUGUUCUACCUUGAAGUAGCUUUGGGACAAUUCAUGUCAGAGGGUGGGAUACAGUCCUGGAGAAUAUGUCCUUUGUUUCAGGGAAUUGGCUAUGCGACGACGAUCAUUGUUGCGCUGCUAAACAUCUACUACAAUGUCAUAUUGAGCUGGGCGUUCCAUUUUGUAUUCUCUUCAUUCACCUCGGUCCUGCCAUGGAGUCACUGUGACAAUUGGUGGAACACCCCAAAUUGUCGCGUCGGACUCCUUAACCCUGUCGUCCUUGAAGCAAAUGGGACCAACUCGACUAAUAUCACUGAAGUCGGAAUGGGAUACUCUGAUGCGCUGAAUUCUACUGUCUCGUUUGUUCUACCCAUGGCGAGUAACCAUAGCAACAAAAGUGUAGACCCUGCGACAGAAUAUUGGGAGAGAAAAGUGCUUCAAAUCUCCGGAGGAAUUGACGAGCCAGGAACCAUAAGGUGGGACCUAGCCCUUUGCCUACUUCUGGCCUGGAUCGUAAUAUACUUCUGCAUUUGGAAGGGGAUAAAAUCGUCGGGAAAGGUUAUGUAUGUUACUGCCACGAGCCCUUACAUCAUAAUGACGAUCCUGCUCAUUCGUGGAAUGACACUAGAUGGCGCUUUGGAUGGUGUCAAAUUCUACCUGAUUCCAGAUUUCUCCAAAUUGCUAAAUAUGGAGGUUUGGGUGGACGCAGGUACACAAAUCUUCUUCUCCUACUCUAUUAGUCUGGGUGCGUUGACCGCACUCGGCAGUUACAACAAGUUCCACCAUAAUUCCUGGAGGGACAGUAUUAUCUUCGCUUGUGCCAAUAGCGGAACCAGUAUUUUUGCCGGUCUAGUCAUAUUUUCCGUACUUGGGUUUAUGGCCAAACAACAGGGAGUUUCCAUAGCUGAUGUGGCUGAGUCUGGUCCAGGUUUGGCAUUUAUAGCAUACCCAACUGCAGUUUCACAGAUGCCAAUUGCUCCAUUAUGGUCCAUACUGUUCUUCAUAAUGGUGAUCUUACUGGGUCUUGACAGUCAGUUCGUUGGUGUAGAAGGUUUCGUGACAGCUGUGACUGAUAUCUUCCCCUGGUUGAAGAAAGGAUAUCACAGGGAGAUGUUUAUAGCUGUCGUGUGUGCCUUCUCCUUCUUUGUCGGCCUAUCCAUGGUCACCAACGGAGGCAUGUACGUGUUCCAGAUCUUUGACUACUACUCUGGCAGUAGAAUCAUUCUCCUUGUUGCUCUGUUUGAGGUCAUAGCUGUUGCUUAUAUCUAUGGAGGCAACCGUUUCUAUGACAACAUUGAGAUGAUGUACGGAUUCAAGAUCAACCCUUACAUGAAAAUUUGUUGGUACUUUGUCACACCUAUCUUCACUAUUGGAAUGUUUGUUAUGAAUGCCGUGAGUUACUCAGAGCUGACUUAUAACCGUACCUAUGAGUAUCCUCAAUGGGCUAUAAACUUUGGGUGGACUCUCGCUUGCACCAGUGUUGUUAUGAUCCCGAUAAUCUCCAUACUGAAGAUAGCCCAGACCAAGGGAACAAUCAAAGAGCGCUUGCAGUAUUUGAUCAAACCUCAGUUGCAUCCCCACCAGUUGAGGCCUAAUGAUGACCCCAGUGACCUCCUGAGUGAUUAUGAUGCUGACCUUGAAGAAGUCAAGGUGCCCCUAAAUGGAGAGGUCAAGAUGCCCUUGGAUGACACAACAGAGGUAGCAGUUGCCACAAUUACACAGAACGGCGCUUGCUGUAUAGCUGAACCCAAUAAGACUGAAUCUCAGAUUUGACCUCAGGUUUAGGUCGAACAUAGUUGAUAUUUUUGUAAAUAUUGUAUAAUAACAUACAAUGGAGGCGAAAUCAGUCAUUGGAGUAUGAGCAAGCAUUUUGCGCACAUGUAGCCAUCCAUAUAAGGGCACAACCCACGAGAUCCCCAGCUAGCCAAUCAGGAGCAAGAUUACAGUCAUGUGAUGUUUAGGCACCAUUUAAAGUGUUGCAUGAGAGCCCUCAACACUGGGAGGUAUCAUGAAUUUGCCAUGCAGUAUUAUCACAGGGGAUGGGAUUUUGGCAUAAUACUUCAUCCUGGGAGUAUGUAUUUUUGAAAUGCUUGUUCCCAGUAAGAGGAAAUUCUGCCUAUAUUUGACCAGCUAUUAUUGCUUCCAGGGUGGGAAAAUUGACUCACCAGGUUGCUCUUUGGAAGGGAAUUUCAACAGCCCAAUUUUUAGUUCGUCAAAUCCCCGUCCCUUUUUUGAUUUGUCAAAAUCCUGUCCCUUUCCAUGAGAGGGCGUCUCAAGCAAACAUUUGGAUGGUGCAUUCUGGGAACAACUAGAUUUAGUGUCAUUUGCAUAUUGUAAAUUCAGACCAAUCAUGAUUCCCUAAAAUGUCAUGUGACUGAUCAAGUAUAUACUGAGCUAGCUUAAUGGAUGGGAAACUAAAUUUAAUAGCUGGGAAGCUUAACCGGCAACACAGAGUAAAAAAAACACACUUAAACAUGAGGUGUACAUUAACUUCUAAAGUCCAAAUUGUUAUUUCCAUUUGGGAUAUGUAACUAUUUUUCCUGUUUUAUUUUUUUUCAUUUUUGACACGAUUUUAUAUUAUGAAAAAAUGAACUGAGGUAUAUGUUAUUUUGUAAUGGCAACUUCCAGACUUCUUUGUCAAUGUAGUUUUUUAAAAUACCCCCAUAUAUAUCCCAACAAGUAAUUUGGUAAUUUUGAAAAUUUUUAAAGUUCAAAAAAUCCUUUAUCAGUAAACAUUUUAUUCAAUGAUACAAUGUCUAAGAAUCAUAAAGAUAAUGAUAGUAAAUUUAAUUUUCUAUUUAUUGUACAUAGAUUAUUUAUGGAUAGAGUAAAUGUAACAAAUUUCUUGAAUGAGAUUGGGAUUUUCGAGCAUCUGUGAUAUAUUAAAGAUGUGACCGAGUGGAUUACAAAUCAAAAAAAGCAAUCGGGAAUAAAAUGUAUUAGGCAUGAAAUGAAUACUCUUAAGUUGAACAGAAAAGUCAGAAAAUCAGGCGCUGAGAUAUUCGUCAAGCCAGAAAAAAAUCAUCAAGGCUGAAAUAUUCGUCAAGGCUGAAAUGGCCUUGAUGAUUGUGCAUUCAAGACCAAGUGUUCAAGCAUUUAACAAGAUUAUUAAGGGAAAUGCUCAAAGACGUAUCAAGCUCAUGUUACACCAUAGCAUUAGAUGAUAUGUUAACAGAAAAUGUAAAAAGUGUAAAUAUGAUAAAUGUCAGUGUAAAUAGUCAGCAUGAUUUGUUUCAAGUGUAAAGGUAACUUCUCAAUUUAGAUUUAUUGCCAUGGUAACAAAUGUGCUACUUUUCAUAACAGUUUCACUUCAAUUUAGAAGGAUCUUGCAGAUUGUGAUAUCUUUUGAAAAAAGCAAAUUUUGAGAAUGAAUAUUUAAUUCACAUGUUUUGAGAAGUUCCCUUAACAUGUUUUAUAAAUUGUAUGUGAUCAUGGGGACUCAUUCAAAGCCCAUGAUGUGAUCUACAAUUGUUUUCAGUUUUGUACGAUGGGUCUUCUUGUAUAUUUACUUUGAAAACAGCAUACAGCAGAUUUGUAGUGGUUUUAAACCAGUCUCAUGCACAUCUCCAGAACAGCUCAUAUUGAGCCUAAGCUUUAUUUGUAUGAUAGUGCGUCUAGUUCCUUAUUGAAAUGUUUAGUGGAAUUUUGCAUGAGACUGUAAACAUAUUUAAAACUUCAUAGAAAUCCACGCAUAGAUCUCAAUGUUGACUAUAAAGCAACAUGUUGUGCGAUCAUCUUGUAUUUUGGUCGAAAUUUAUGGAGAUUUUGAUCUUAAAAUGUAAUUAUUAUUAUAAAGCUAAAUCAUGUAAGUACUAAGUAAGAUAUGAGAAUCAUGAAGAAAUGAAAUAUGUUUUGUAAAUUGUUAGAGAUUAAACUAAUACAAUAAUGUAAUAGUGAAAACUGAAUUUCCUAGGAAGUUUUAGUCAUUUUU